AUGUCAAUAGUGUCCGUAACUCCACAUUGCCCUGAAUCUACAAACAGUUGCAAAUCAGACACUUGUUACAAUGGAGGAAUUUGUCACGAAGGCUGGAACCGUGUGAUAUGUGACUGUUCAAACACCGAGUACGCUGGAGCCACUUGCAUGAAAGAAUCAUCCAUGUACAGUUUUAACGGAACACAAUACGUACAAGCAAUAAUGCCGGAAAAGAUGACAACUCAAGUUGAAGACAUGUAUUUUCGAUUCAAAACAAAUAGGCCCUUGGCAGUGUUAAUGAAGACGUUCGACAGUUCAUGGGAUAGACUGGAAAUCGCAUUGAUAGUUGGAAAAAUUAGAUUAGCCUUAAAGAUCGGUGACAAAGAAAAGGUGGUUCUAUGUGGAUCUCAUUUAGACGAUAAUAACUGGCAUUCAGUGCACUAUAUUAGAAGGGCACAUGAAAUUCGUUUAAAAGUGGACAAUGUCACUGUUAAAAAUGAUUCCGAUAUGGAAGAUAAAAUAACUCUUAGAUGGCAAGGUCUAUUAGUUGGUGGAACGCCUCCUAAGGAUCCAGACGGUUUAGCAAACCUCCCCAGCUUCAUCGGUAGCAUCCAACAAUUUAUACUAAACAAAAUUAAUUAUUUUGAUCUCGCAAAAAUUUCAACCAAAGGCUUUUCGGAAGACUUGCCCAAAGUACACAUGACCUCCAAAUAUCAAAAACAAGAAAAACCUCCUUCAUUGGUGCACACGGUUACGUUCCUGUCAAAGAAUACGUUCAUAGGAUUGCCACCAUUAAAGGCCUACUCCAGAAUGGAAGUUUACUAUCGAUUUAAGACUAAGCACACAUCUGGAUUGUUUUUCUACAACGGUGGAAAACACAACGACUUUGCACUUGCCGAAUUGAUCAAUGGCCACAUACUUAUCAACAUUCGUUCAGGCACGCACGUGAUUCGACUUCGGACACUUCGAGAACAGUUACAGUGCAACUAG